AUUAAAAAAAAAUAAUCAUCAAGUGCAAAUAAUUUAUAAGUAAUUCUUAAUAGUACACAAUUUAUAACACUGAAAAUACUCUUCCUCUAUCUAAAGAUGGAAGGAAAUAUAUUACAAAUACUUAAUUCACUUCAACGCGAAAUACUCGCUAACUCUAAAUCACCAGAGUUUUGUUGGAUUAAAAAAUAGAGUCCCUCUCAUCAAGCGAACGGAUCAUUCAACUAUGGCAAGGCUUCAAUUUCUUUCAAAGAAGAGAACCGCUUUUUGCAGCCUAAAUAAUUCACCUGGCUAUGGUACAAAAAUCUGAAUAUCCCUACUUUUUCUUAUUGCAUCAACUUUCCAUAAAUGCAAGAUCUUCAGUAAUAAGAUCUUUAAAAUGAGAUAGAAGGAUUGAAAUUAUAUAUGGAACUCAGGGCGUUCAAGGAGCCUGAUUUAAGUGAGAAUUUUUCUUCUGAGCCUCCUUCUUUCUCUUUGAUUCGACUCCUAGGAAAUACAGUUGUGAAAGUUGAAAACUCAACUACCUCUAUAGCAGGCGUUAAGUUUGUUGAUACUUCGUUUAACACUAAAGGAUUAAAGUUUGGAUUAGUUUUCAUACUAAGGGACGAGAAAAAUGAAAUUGUAGAUUACAGAAUUUCUCCUCUCAUAUACGUAGAAUCGAGGAAAAAAAGCCAUCAAGAAAGAUAAACAGAGUUUAGUGUUUUUGAUCCAUUCCUUCCCGAGCACCUAGACAAAAACCAAGUGAAGGUAAAUCCAAAGAACCCUGAAGUUAUGACGAUAAAAGAAGAUUUUGAGGGGAUCUUGAACUAUUUUACGGCAUAUUCGAUAAGACAUAAAAUUCUUCAUCCAUUUUUCCUCUUAUUGAAAUUUCCCAAGGCUAUUCGCUUGUUUUAUAACACUAACCUCAUCCCACAAAAAACAAAAAAUUCACUUUUCACCAGCAUACAAAAAUCCAUCUACCAAGCUCUGAUGUAAACAGCCAAUACAUAGAAUAAAAAGCUUGACCAUGAGUCAUAUGCAAAUAAAGUUAUUAUCCUUUGCUUAAAUAUACAAUCAGAUUCUCCUUUUUCUUAAGCAAAUCAAACAGUCAAAAAAGUUAUUAAAUAUAUUAAGCCUCUCCAUGGCCCAAUAAUUUCUUUUUCUCCAACUCUCUUAGCAGACAUACCAUCCAACUUUGUGGAACUCAAAUAUUAAGAUGAACUAAAAGAAAUUUAUAAAAAAUCUUAUACACAUUUGGCAAGCUAGAAAAUCUACAUGAAUUUUUCUAAUGAAGAAGAUAAAAUUUAGAUUGGAUAAAAUCUACUUGGAAAUGAAGCCAUAGAACAAGAACAAGAAUUAAUUGAAGAAAGCGAGCAGGAUGUUGAGCACAUCAAUUUAAAUAAUGAUGAAUACUAAACAAGCAGCGGUAUCAAUUAAUUAGGAAGUGAGGUAAAUAGGACAUUUGAAAGAUCUGUAUUCUCUCAAAAGGAAAGCAAAUAGAGUGAAGACUUAAUGAUUAUAUAAAAACCGAUUUAAAAACAAUUGCAGAAAAAUGAUUAAUUUGAAAGACAAUUUAGAUUCGAUAGGGACAGUGCAAAAAAAGGAUAUAAUUCAAGUAAUGAAAAGGAUAUAGAUUUCUUCAAAAUUAACUAAGAAACAUCUAUCAAUAGCAUAAGAAGCAUAUUUGAACUGAAUGUCUUUAACUAAGACAAAAGAAAAAAGCUUCACAAAUGUCCUGUAUAUCACGCUAGAAGAAACUCUAAUUAAAGCAAAGAAAAAUAGUAAAGGAGCUAAAAUCAAAGCAAUGAUAGAGAUUAUAAUAGCCAAAAUGGAGAAAAAAUGAUAAAUUCAAUGAACAAUUAGCAGGAAAAAUCUAAAUAAGAUGAUGGAGAAUCACCAAGGCUUUCAAAGAAGCAAAAACAGGAUAGUAAAGAAAAAUCUAAUGCAGUUUAAAAUCAAGCAUUAUUAUAAGUAGUAGAUAAAUAAAAUUUAAAAUUUAAUACAAACUAGACAAUCAAUUAAUCAUUUUAUCUUCAAUAAUAAAUACCUUAAUUGCAACAAACCUAAAUAAGCUCAACAAUCUCAUAAAUUCCAGCAAUCAAUUUAUAAGAUUCUUUAUAUCAACAUAAUUAGCCUUAGAUUGUUGCCCAAAUAUAAAGUCAAGCUCAAGUAAUUAAAAAAUCGAGAUUAUAAAAUUCUGUUCUUGAUGAAAGCAUGGGUUCUCCAGACAACUUUAAUGCUGCUCAUGCAGAUGAUGUCUAAUAAUUUUCAUUUAACUAAAAAUCUUCAAAAAUGAGUGACCACUCAUCCCUCGGAAACAGUGCUAAUCACUCUAUAUAAAAUUUAUCCUAAUAACACUCUAGUUAAUAAUAAUCAAAUAACAAAAAUACCAAUUAAUAAUUUGAGAGGACAAAUAGAUAUUAAAGCAAUCUUAAUCAAUCUAAUUAACCUUCUAGUCUAAGCGAGUUAGGAGGAGUUUAUAGUCCAUAAGCAUAAUCUUUUCCAACAUUCCAAAGCUUGAAAUCUUCAACUAAUUAUUAAAAACAAUCAAAUCAAUAACAAAAAUUAUCUCAACAAGGUUCACCAAAUUUUUAGUCCUCUAUUUAAAAUAGUGUGAUCGAUGAUCAAUAAAGUAUUUAUCAACAUUAAUAGAAACAACAAUAAUAGUAAUAAUAAUAACAAUAGCAACAACAACAACAACAAUAAUAGUAAUAAUAAUAGUAAUAGUAAUAGUAAUAGUAAUAGCAAUAACAGUAACAGUAACAGUAACAAUAACAAUAACAAUAAUAGUAACAAUAAACUUAGUUUUAAACAAAUUAUAAUAACGGUAGCGAUGAAUUGAUGAUAAAAAAUUAAAAUAUGAAUUAAUACAUGAUGGAAAUGUUCAGCUAUAACAGCAAUUAAAAUAAUAAUAAUAUGAACUAGGUUGAUUAAAAUCAAAGAAGUGAUUAACCUUACUUUAACCCAUUCUAUUGUUUUAUGUUAUAGUAAUAGUAGAUCCUUUAACUAUAACAAUCAUAUAUCUAAGAGUUAAAGAAGAAUGCUGAAUUACUAAAAUAAUAAAAUUAGCAAACUCCUUCUUCAUCUUCAAAUAGCUACCAUCACUAAAAGGGUAAAUAAAACAGUGCUAAUAGCUCAAGCAAUAAUGAAUUCGAUUAGUAGAAUAGUUCAUCAUCAUCAGAUUCACAACAAAUACAAUCUCCUUAUAACAUCUUAAACCACUCUAGCUCUUCACAAGAGAAAGAAAUUGUAAAUAAUAUAUAAAAAUUAUAGACAACUCCUUCUUCAUAAAGUGUAUAUAAUGUUCAAAAUAAGGAAACUAAGAAAGUUUUCAAACAAUCGAAGACUUAGCAUUAUAUCCCAAAUAAAAACUAAUUAGAAGAGCUAUUUAACCUCUAUAUGAAAAUGGCAAACAUUUAAUAAAGCAAUUCAAGUAGUCCUGAUAAUAGCUCGAUUAAUAACACUACUAAUGCUAGUUCUGUUAAUGAUAGUUCCAUGAAAUAGAAUAGCAGUUCUAAUGAUGUAAUGUCUGAAAGAGAGACUAAAAGUAGUGAAGGAGGCGACAGCACAAACGGAUCUAAAAGCGUUAGUCAUAAUACUGGUUCUAAACAUAGCUAAGUUAACAAAAAAUAAUCACAUUAAUAGCCUUUUUGCUAAAAACAAUGCAAAUUAUACUUCAACUAAAUUCUUCUUCCUUUAUUUUACAAUAUCAACUCGUUUAUAUAAAGAGAAUAAUACUAAAUUCCAACCUAAUAAGGUCAUGAAGAGUUUAAAAUCAACACUACUAAAUAUCACAAAGAAGAAAAAAGUAGCAGUAGCGCUCAAAGGGAAAAAAAGAAAACAAACUAAGAGAGAUCACGAGGAAACAGUAAUAUAAUGAAAGAUCAAACAGUUAAUCUAGGAAACGAAGAAGUUAACUUAGGCGGAAUAUUUUAAGGCUAAAUAGCUAACCAAAAAGUGAGCGAUACAAUAGAUUGCUUCAAAAAUGAAGCUCAGUUCAAAUCUUAGUCUGACAUCGCAGAAUAGAAAAACGUAUCUGAAGAAACUUCAAAUGCAAAUUUUAAUUUAGAUAAUAAUAACAUUGAAUAAAGCGAAGAUAAUGAAAAUGUGCAAAACGAAGAAUAUUAUAAAUCUGAUAGUCUCAUAGCACAAGAAGACAUGUGA